AUGGGCGCCGACAUUAACGUUGAUGUCCUCGUCAUUGGCAUGGGACCUACGGGUCUCGGUGCCGCCAAGCGCCUGAACCACAUCGACGGCCCGUCGUGGUUGAUUGUCGACUCUGCCGACAAGGCUGGCGGUCUUGCCAGCACCGACGUCACUCCCGAGGGCUUCCUGUACGACGUCGGCGGUCACGUCAUCUUCUCCCACUACAAGUACUUCGACGACUGCCUCGACGAGGCUCUGCCCCAGGAUGACGACUGGUUCACCCACCAGCGCAUCUCCUACGUCCGCUACAAGGGCCUCUGGGUCCCCUACCCCUUCCAGAACAACAUCUCCAUGCUGCCCAAGGAUGACCAGGUCAAGUGCAUUGACGGCCUCAUUGACUCGGCGCUGGAGUGCCGCGUCGCCAACACCAAGCCCAAGAACUUCGACGAGUGGAUCUUGAGAAUGACGGGCCAGGGUGUCGCUGACAUCUUCAUGCGCCCCUACAACUACAAGGUCUGGGCCGUCCCCACCACCAAGAUGCAAUGCCAGUGGCUCGGUGAGCGUGUCGCCGCUCCCGAUAUCAAGACGGUCACCAAGAACGUCAUCCUGAACAAGGUUGCCGGCAACUGGGGCCCCAACGCCACUUUCCGAUUCCCUGCCCGCGACGGCACUGGCGGUAUCUGGAUCGCCGUCGCCGACACUCUGCCCAAGGAGAAGAAGCGCUUCGGCAAGCAAGGCGAAGUCACCAAGGUCGAUGCUGAGAAGAAGAUUGUCCACUUCGCUGAUGGCUCCACCAUUGGCUACGGCAAGCUCAUCAACACCAUGUCUGUCGACCACCUCGUCGAGAAGAUGGGCAACCAGGAGCUCGUCAAGCUCUCCAAGGGCCUCUUCUACUCCACGACCCACGUCAUUGGCGUUGGUAUCCGUGGCGAGCGCCCCGAGCGCAUCGGCGACAAGUGCUGGCUGUACUUCCCCGAGGACAACUGCCCCUUCUACCGCGCCACCAUCUUCUCCAACUACUCCCCCUACAACCAGCCCGAGGCCGGCGUCAAGCUGCCGACGCUGUACCACGCCGACGGCUCCAAGGGCUCGUCUGAGGCCAAGGAGGGCCCGUACUGGUCCAUCAUGCUGGAGGUCUCGCAGUCGUCGAUGAAGCCCGUCGACGAGGAGAACCUGCUCAAGGACUGCAUCCAGGGUCUGAUCAACACGGAGAUGAUCAAGCCCGAGGAUGAGAUUGUGUCCACCUACCACCGCCGCUUCGACCACGGCUACCCCACGCCGUCGCUGGAGCGUGAGGGCGUGCUCAAGGAGCUGCUGCCCAAGCUGCAGGACAUGGACAUCCUGUCGCGUGGCCGCUUCGGCAGCUGGCGCUAUGAGGUCGGCAACCAGGACCACUCCUUCAUGCUGGGUGUCGAGGCCGUCGACCACGUGCACAGCGGCGCCGUCGAGCUGACGCUCAACUACCCCGACUUCGUCAACUCUCGACAGAACACCGAGAGGCGGCUGACGCAGAGCUUCGGCGCGUCCAAGGCCAACGGCAAGGCCGAGCUGCCCUCGCGGGAGCGCGCGUCGUCCAAGGCUACGGCCAACGGCGGCCACAGCCGCAAGUCCUCCAAGCAGGUCAAAUAA